AUGAAACAAUAAAACGAGACUCAAAAUCAUACAAAAAAUUCGAAAUAAAAUCAUUCUAUAGAAGGUUAAACUGAGGAACCAAAAACAGUAUUGAUUACUAAACAACAACUAUCUAAUUUUAAAAAAGUGUUUUACCAAUUUGAUGAGGAAGGCUAUCAAAAUCUUCUGAGAUUCAAACACCAACUAGCUAAGAAAAUAAUUAAAAAAUAGAAGACUUGA